AUGCCUCUUCCUCAGCUGUUAGUCGGAAAGGUUGCGGCCAUUACGGGCGGAUUGACGGGUAUCGGUAGGGCUAUUGCUCUCGAGUACCUCCGUCAUGGCGCAAAGGUAGCAGUUAACCAUCUCGGACGACCAGAUGAAGAACCGUUGCUGGAGGCCAUGCGGAAAGACGUUGCUGAGAUUACCGGAAGUGAGGGGGAACGAUUCAUCACAGUAGCUGGAGACGUCUCUCAGCCUGAGACGGGUCGGGACUUUGUCACGAAGACUGUCGAGGCUUUCGGACGGCUAGAUGUCUUCGUGAGCAACGCGGGAGUGUGCAAGUUUGAGGAGUUCCUGGAGGUUGACCCUCCACUUCUCGGGCACACGGUGAACACGAAUCUCUGCGGAGCCUUCUACGCGACUCAAGCGGCAGCACGGCAGAUGGCCCUAGCGCAGUCACCACCUGGCGGCUCGAUUAUUGGGAUCAGCUCCAUCUCCGCUCUUGUCGGAGGCGGACAGCAGACACAUUAUACCCCUACCAAGGCUGGAGUGCUCAGCCUGAUGCAAUCGACUGCUGUGGCGCUAGGAAAAUACGGAAUCCGAUGCAACGCCUUACUCCCUGGAACUAUCCGGACCCAGCUGAACGAUGAGGACAUGAGUGAUCCUGUCAAGAGGACUUAUAUGGAGGGGAGAAUCCCACUGGGACGGUUGGGUCAGCCUCCUGAUCUGGCUGGCCCAGCUGUGUUCUUGGCCUGCGAUGAGUUGAGUGGCUAUGUGACUGGCGCACAGCUUCUCGUGGAUGGAGGAUUGUUUGUGAACCUGCAGUGA